AUGCGUGAAGUAAUCUCAGUACACGUUGGACAAGCAGGUGUUCAAAUUGGAAAUGCUUGUUGGGAACUUUACUGUUUGGAACAUGGUAUUCAACCAGAUGGAAUCAUGCUUGACGAUGAAUCUAUUGGUAUUGAAGAUGACUCUUACAAUACAUUUUUUGCUGAAACAAUUUUUGGACGACACGUGCCUCGUGCCAUUAUGAUUGAUCUAGAACCAACACCAGUUGAUGAAAUUCGAACCGGAACCUACCGACAGCUAUUUCAUCCGGAACAGCUAUUGACUGGAAAAGAGGAUGCAGCAAAUAACUAUGCUCGCGGACAUUACACUAUCGGUAAAGAGAUAAUUGAUGUAUGCAUGGACCGAGUACGUCGAAUUGCCGAGAACUGCCGAGGCUUACAGGGUUUCUUAAUAUUCCACAGUUUUGGCGGCGGUACAGGUUCCGGUUUUACAGCAUUACUGAUGGAACGUCUCAGUAUUGAAUACGGCAAAAAAGCAAAGCUAGAAUUUUGCAUCUAUCCAGCACCACAAAUUUCAACAGCAAUGGUUGAACCCUAUAAUUCAGUGCUAACAACGCAUACAACAUUGGAACAUGCAGAUUGCUCUUUUAUGGUAGACAAUGAAGCCAUUUACGACAUAUGUCGUACAAAUUUGGAUCUCAGUCGACCAACAUAUACAAAUUUGAAUCGUCUGAUCGCCCAAGUGAUAAGUUCAGUUACAGCAUCUCUUCGUUUUGAUGGAGCUUUAAAUGUCGACCUUACAGAAUUCCAGACGAACUUGGUUCCAUAUCCGCGUAUCCAUUUUCCGCUGACAACGUAUGCACCAAUAGUUUCGGCAGAAAAAGCAUAUCAUGAACAAAUGGCCGUUUCUGAAAUAACUCAACAGUGCUUCGAACCUGGAGCCCAAAUGGUCAAAUGUGAUCCACGGCAUGGCAAAUACAUGGCAUGUUGCCUUCUAUUCCGAGGCGAUGUUGUACCAAAAGAUGUUAAUGCAGCAAUAUCACAAGUUAAAACGAAAAGAACAAUUCGAUUUGUUGACUGGUGUCCAACAGGAUUCAAAGUCGGUAUAAACUAUCAACCUCCAACCGUGGUACCUGGCGGUGAUCUGGCAAAACUUCAACGAGCCGUCUGUAUGCUCUCAAAUACUACUGCAAUAGCGGAAGCUUGGGCCAGACUAGACUACAAAUUCGACCUAAUGUAUGCGAAACGAGCCUUCGUUCACUGGUACGUUGGAGAAGGCAUGGAAGAGGGUGAAUUUGCCGAAGCACGUGAAGAUCUUGCAGCUCUGGAAAAAGACUAUGAAGAAGUAGGGAUUGACAGCACCGACGUGGAUGAAGAAGAUGAUUAUUCAACGAGCCAAUACUCACAUUAA